AUGCUCGUCGCCAUAGCCUUCUUCGUCUUCGGCACUUGCGACGUCUCAUUCAACUUAUACCACAACCUCAUUGCAUUCAUAUUCUAUACGGGACCCGGUGGGGCAGAUGCUGAAUUUGACCGUCUGUCGACUUGGGUCAACGUUAUGCAGAUUUACCGCUGCUGGCUCGUGUACGCGCAUUCGCCUCGUCGGGCAGUUGUGGCCAUUGCACCCGUCGUACUUUGGCUGGGAUGGAUUUCUUGCCCAAUCGUAAUCCUCUACUACAUCUGCACCUUGAAUGCAGUGACGUCUAUACCUUCAACCGACGAGAUCCAACCCUUCCUAUAUGUCUUCUAUUUCUUGACACUCGCGAUAAAUCUCUUUACAACGGGUCUUAUCAUCCUCCGGCUCUGGAGGGUCCAUAAGCGCACAUCAUCGUUCUUCACGCGGAGUUGGCGAGGACCGAGUCGUUUGAGUUUCGCAGACGUCACUUUGAUUAUCAUCGAGUCUGCGCUCCUGUACACGACAACCGUCAUCAUCUGCGUCGUGCUGGACUUGGCGAAUAGCAACGCGUACUAUGGCGCUACGGAUGUCAGCCUUGAAGUAGCAGGGAUAUCAUUCGAUCUGAUCAUUAUACGGAUCUGGACAGGCGUGUCCACGGAACAGACGCAAGCCUUCACGGAUACGGUGGAGAAUUUGUCGAAAAUCAAGGCAGGAGCGAGCGAACAGGUCAUCACCGCUCACUCGGGCUUCACGGACUUGAACACUUUGGAUCUUGUGGCUUCCCGUGAUGAUAUGGCCCAGUGGGGUGACGAUGACGCGAACCCCGUCUGA